AAAUCAGUACAGAAAAUGCGUUGGCCGUGGAAGCAUACAUUUGGCUUGGAGUCCAGACGAAAACCCAAUCGCCCCGUUCAAUCCCCCUCGACAGUUGCCACCAUAUAUGAUCCCAAUUGCGAGGAGAAGGAAAAGUAUACGGCUCAGAAUGGCGAUGAGUUUUAUGGCGAUAAUGGUCACACGGUAGAGAUGGAUAUGCAGAGCAAAUACAGUAAACCGAAAGAAGCUCAUUGGCUAUUGCGACGCAUCUAUAUAUUGAGCUGGAUACGUAACUACUCUCGAGAGCAGGCAUUCGCCGAUCUGAUCGCUGGCAUUACGCUGGGCCUCACGAUCAUUCCACAAAGCAUUGCCUAUGCCGCCUUGGCUGGCCUCUCUUCGGAAUACGGUCUAUAUUCCGCAUUCAUUGGCUCCAUUAUCUAUGUGUUUUUCGGCACUAUUCCGCAAGUUUCCAUUGGACCGACCAGUUUAAUGGCCAUCCUCACGCUGCAAUAUUGUGCGGAUAAGCCGGUGCAGAUAGUGAUUGUCCUUGCCUUUUUGGCUGGUCUUGUGGAGUUGGCUAUGGGCGUCUUUCAGCUGGGAUUUAUAGUGAGUUUUAUUCCGUCGCCGGUGACCAAAGCGUUUACCUCGGGAACAGCGGUAAUUGUGGUCUUGGCCCAGAUCAAGAACCUUUUGGGCAUCCGCUUGAAGGGCAUUCCAUCGUUUGGAGCUUUCUUUAGCAACAUUCGUCCUGGUGACGCUGUCUUGGGUAUCUCCUGUAUUUGUGUGCUGCUCUUAUUACGAUUGCUUUCCCAGGUGAAAUUCAAGCAGGAUAAUCCACUGUCACAGCGUUUGAAGAAAGUCCUGUGGUAUAUAAGCAUCUCACGCAAUGCUUUGGUUGUAUUCUUUACCGGUCUCAUGGUCUUUAUAUGGACUAAAAAGAGUUCCAUGGAAGCAGUGCCAUUUAUUCUCUCCUCAAAGGUCUCCUCGGCCAUGCCCUCGAUCAAGCUGCCUCCAUUUGCCUUCGAGUAUGGAAAUCGAACUUAUGUAUUCACGGAUAUUCUACAUGAACUUGGCAGUGGCAUUGUCGUUGUUCCCAUUGUUGCUGUACUUGCCAAUGUGGCCAUUGCUAAGGCCUUCGUUAAGGAUGGCAACUUGGAUGCUUCGCAGGAGAUGUUGACGUUGGGUUUGUGCAAUCUGGCUGGCUCUUUCUUUAGUGCCAUGCCAACUUGUGGUGCCUUCACCCGUUCGGCAGUCAGUCAAGCAUCAGGAGUCCGCACACCUAUGGCAGGCAUUUACACUGGUCUCAUUGUCCUCUCGGCUUUGAGUAUCCUUACGCCCUACUUUCAGUAUAUACCCAAGGCCUCUCUGUCUGCCGUCUUAAUUGCUGCUGUGGUCUUUAUGAUUGACUUGGCUCCCGUCAAGGAACUAUGGCAGACCAACAAAAAGGACUUUUUCAGCUGGGUGGGCAGCUUCAUUAUCUGUCUUGUGUGUGGUGUCGAACUUGGCCUACUAUUCGGAAUUGUUGUCAGCAUGGUAUUCAUUCUGCUGCGACUGGGCAAUCCUAAAAUUGAAGUGUCCCUCAAGCAGCAAGAGGCCAUCUAUUAUGUGCACAUUGUGCCACAUUCGGAUAUCUAUUACACGGGCGUUGAUACUCUACGUACGGAGCUAAGAUCGGCCUGCCGGCUCUAUCGCAACGAUUUUCCUGUUGUACUGGACUGCAGCCGUUUCAUGCAAUUCGAUGCCACGUUCAUUGAAAUGCUGUGCGCUGUGGCCAAAGAACUUGGGGAAAACAAUGUCCUACUGAUCCUGCAGAACAUAAGCCUGAAAGUCCAGCAAAUGUUGCCUGCUGUGGAGAAUAUACGCUUCUGCAACGAGGAUACCCAACUUUGUAGUCAUCUGCAAGAGAAAGAAACCGCCCCCGUUGAGGCGAAAGUGUAAUCGCUUUUCGCGUGGAACAUCCGCAUCAGGGUAGAGAACGGCCAGAUAAUUGCUGGCAACGGAUAUUACGCAACCAUCUGUCAUUUCAGUAGCUCUAGCUGUAGUCAUAGCAAUUUAGAUUCUAGUUGUAGACUCUGUAAAUACUUAAUUGCAUUAUUAUUGUAUGUUUGAGGCAUUAUUUUUUAUAUACAUAUACAUAUAUU